AUGUCUCCUGCCCGUCCUGUGCGGUUGUUGUUGGAUUUGACGCCGAGCGUGCGCGUGCGCGCGUAUAUCAUGUACAUAUGUGCUUGUUUUUUGUUUUUCUAUAACUUUGUUCAUACGCCGAAUGUGGAUACCAUCUCACUGACUCGACGCGAGCUGAGGUUGUGGGACGCCUCAUUCCUUCAGACCGUCCACACUACAGCAGUACGUCCUAGGGAAGGGUGGCUGUCAGCGUCACUGUCCCAGAGAUGGAUUUUAUAA